GGAGAAAAGCUGAGCUUGUGCCGUCCAUAAAGCUGCCGUCGACUCCCCUGAGACACUGCGCAUCAAGACACACGUGGAGACACCCUUCCGACUACGAGGUGCAUGUCUUUGGAAGUGGGAGGAAGCCGGAGUACCCGGAGGGAACCCACGCAUUCAUGGGGAGAACAUGCAAACUCCACACAGAAAGAUCCCGAGCCCGGAUUUGAACCCAGGACUGCAGGACCUUCGUAUUAUCCGAGGCGGUACACACCUUCCCUCUCAGCCAUGGGAAACACAUCCUGCAACAACCUGGUUAUCCCUCCACCUCAGGGCCCGAGGGCCGUGGGUUGCACGGACUUAAUGAUGGACCACACAGUGCAGGGCAGCUUCUUCCGCCUUUACUACCCUUGUCAAAAGAUGGACACGGCUGAGAUGCCAGCUUGGAUCCCCAACAUAGAAUAUUUCAACGGCCUGGCAGACUUCAUGAAAAUCAACAGGACUUUCGGCGAAGGAAUAUUCAACUUCCUCUUUGGCUCCGUCAAGAUACCAGCCCACUUGGAUGCUCCAUUUCACUCCAAUGAGAAAUGCCCAGUCAUCAUAUUUUCCCAUGGCUUGGGAGCCUUCAGGACUUUGUAUUCUGCCAUUUGUACAGAACUGGCCUCGAGGGGCUUCAUCGUGGCUUCCGUGGAACACAGAGAUGAGUCUGCCUCCGCCACGUAUUACUUUGGAGAAAAGGACGAGUCCCGGCAUGCAUCAAACGCGUCUUUCUUGGACGAUCUGAGGGAAUGGAUCUAUAUCAGAAUACUGCAGGCGGGAGAGCAAGAAUUCCCCAUCAGAAACCAGCAAGUGAUCCAAAGGGCCGAUGAGUGCAUCCGUGCUCUAAAUAGACUGGUAGACAUCAACUCAGGGCUGCCGGUGCAAAAUGUUUUGCAGACACAGUUUGACUGGACGACGUUGCAAAACUCCAUGGAUCUGUCCAAAGUAGCCGUGAUCGGCCAUUCCUUUGGGGGAGGAACCGUCUUAGAAGCUUUAGCCAAAGAGACUCAAUUCAAGUGUGGCGUGGCGCUGGAUGCCUGGAUGUUGCCGUUAAAGGACGACACCUUCCCAGGAAUUAAGCAGCCCAUCUUUUUCAUCAACUCGUGGGGUUUCCAGUGGGCUGAGAAUGUCAAACGCAUUGAAACGUUGCUCGCGGCCGACGCGCGCAGGAAGAUGAUCACUAUCAGAGGCACCGUGCACCAAUCCUUCCCUGACUUCACCUUUGUGACGAGAGAGUGCAUCGGCAAGCUGAUGAGGCUGAGGGGCGACCUCGACCCAAAAAUUGCCAUCAACCUCUCCAACGAAGCAACACUAGCCUUCUUGCAAAGAUACCUUGGUUUGAAAAAAGACUUCAAUCAGUGGGACCGUCUGAUUGACGGAGAAGAUGAAAACCUCAUCCCAGGAACUAACGUCCCCUUGCUUCAGUCGGCCAUGUGACUCGCACCACAUGCCGCAUGAAGUACCGCAGACCUCAUCGUUAAAAAUCAGGGUUCAAAAUGGACUUUUUUGUCCAACUGUUUUUUCAUCGGAACUGUGCUGCAAAUACUUUCAGUGUAACAGUGUGUUUGUGUGUGUGUAGGUGUGUGUUUUAAAUAACUGACCAUGUAUAACAGGGGUGUCCAAAGUGCAGCCACGGGGCAAAUUGCGGCCAAUUUGUUAGCCAACUAAUAAUAGCGUGCUAGAUUUUUGCUCAUUUUGCAGGCAUACAGCCGAGCGCCAAAUAUUUUGUGAAUUGACAAAUGAUAUCUGCUAGGGGUGUGGGAAAAAAUCGAUUCGAAUACGAAUCAAAUCGUUUACGUUGUGCGAUUCAGAAUCGAUUUUCUUUUUUUUUUUUUUUAAAUGGAUUUUUUUAUUUUUUUUAAUCAAUCCAACAAACCACUACACAGCAAUACCAUAACAAUGCAAUCUAAUUCUAAAACCAAACCUGACCCAGCAACACUCAGAACUGCAAUAAACAAGAGCAAUUGAGAGGAGACACAAACACGACACAGAACAAACCAAAAGUAAUGAAACAAAAAUGAAUAUUAUCAACAACAGUAUCAAUUCAGCAUAGCAGUGAUUAAAAAUCCCUCACUGACAUUAUCAUUGGACAUUUAUAAAAAGAAUAAAAAAGAACAAUAGUGUCAGUGGCUUACACUUGCAUCGCAUCUCAUAAGCUUGACAACACACUGUGUCCAAUGUUUUCACAAAGAUAAAAUAAGUCAUAUUUUUGGUUCGUUUAAUAGUUAAAACAAAUUUACAUUAUUGCAAUCAGUUGAUAAAAGAUUGUCCUUUACAAUUAUAAAAGUUAAAAAAAAAAAAAAAAUCUACUACUCUGCUAGCAUGUCAGCAGACUGGGGUAUAUCCUGCUGAAAUCCUAUGUAUUGAAUGAAUACAGAAUCCUUUUGAAUCAGAAAAAUAUCGUUUUUGAAUCGAGAAUCAAAUCGAAUCGAAAAAAUCUAUAUAUUAUCGAAUCGUGACUCCAAGAAUCGAUAUUGAAUCGAAUCGUGGGACACCCAAAGAGUCACAGCCCUAAUUCCUGUUGGCAAUACAACGUUAGUAUGCUAGCUUUUUUUUUUUUAGCUUGUUUUGUAGUCACAUACUUCAGUCAUAUUUUGGUACUUGAUAAAUGCUAAUGUUAGCAUGCUAGCAUCUUAAACACAUUUUUCAAUCAAUCAUCCAUCCAUCCAUCCAUUUACUACCGCUUAUUCCCUUUCGGGGUCGCGGGGGGCGCUGGCGCCUAUCUCAGCUACAAUCGGGCGGAAGGCAGGGUACACCCUGGACAAGUCGCCACCUCAUCACAGGGCCAACACAGAUAGACAGACAACAUUCACACUCACAUUCACACACUAGGGCCAAUUUAGUGUUGCCAAUCAACCUAUCCCCAGGUGCAUGUCUUUGGAAGUGGGAGGAAGCCGGAGUACCCGGAGGGAACCCACGCAUUCACGGGGAGAACAUGCAAACUCCACACAGAAAGAUCCAGAGCCUGGAUUUGAACCCAGGACUGCAGGACCUUCGUAUUGUGAGGCAGACGCACUACCCCCUCUGCCACCGUGAAGCCCUUCAAUCAAUCAAUCAAUGUUUAUUUAUUUAGCCCUAAAUCACAAGUGUCUCAAAGGGCUUUUCAGAGUAAUACAUUUUGGUACAUAAUGCAUGUUACAGUUGGCAUUUUAGCAUGCGAAAAUAAGUGUGCUCGCUUUUGUGGCUAAUUUAACAGGCAUAUACUUUAAUUUCAUAUAUUUUGGUAUUUCACUAAUGUUAACUGUAAACAUUAGCAUAAUACUGUGAGCAUGCUGUCUUUUUUAGCAUAUAUUUUAUGUUACAUGAUGCCAUCUGGCCAGCAGGCUACUUGUUAGCAUUUUUGUUCAGAUGUAGUUUUUCAGCAUCUAUGCAAAUUUUUUUACCAAAUUAGCAUUUUCUUCUUCUUUGAAGGUGAAAAGAAUCAAAAUGGCUUCCGCAUAUCUUGAUUUGUCAGUCUGUAGCCUUCAAUGGAAAACGUUUGGGCACCCCUGGUUUAAACUUAUUUAAUUGUGAUUAUUACCAUCAAUUUCUGAUAUGAUUGUGAUGUAGUAUUGUACUUCUGUGACUGACGUUAGCUCCUGGAUCAAAGACUCAGUUGAAAAUGUAAGCCAACUCAGAAUGUAGUUAUUUGCCUUCAUUCCCACAUUUGUUUUUUUUCUACGCGCUAAUAAAGGAGGCGUUCAAUGCGAGCAGAUUUGUAACAACCUUUACUGUGACACAAUAAACCAAAAGUGCACGAAAAACUCCAGAA